AUGCGAUCAACGCUUUUUGAUCUCGGCUUCAACCAAUCCAAGGCAGAUCAUUCUUUCUUUUUUCUGAAGACCAAGUCUGUUACCAUCUAUCUUCUUGUUUAUGUGGAUGACAUGCUAAUAACUGGAAAUUCUUCUUCUGCUAUAUCUCAGAUUAUUGCUCAGCUUAAUGAAAAGUUUUCCUUGAAAGAUUUAGGGGAAGUCAAGCACUUUCUUGGCAUUGAAGUCUCUAAAACCUCUCUUGGUCUCCAUCUUUCUCAAGGGGCUUACAUUACUCAGUUGUUGGAUAAGGUGAAAAUGGCAGAUGUUAAACCUCAUCCCACACCCAUGGUUUCAGAUCUCAAAUUGAGCAAGUUCGAAGGAGAACCAACUGUAGAUGGUAAGCUUUAUAGAAGUGUUGUUGGUGCAUUACAAUAUGUAACCAUCACAAGGCCUGAACUUAGCUUCUCGGUUAACAAAGUUAGUCAAUACAUGCCAUGUCCUCUUGAUAGUCAUUGGAAGGCAGUGAAGAGAAUUUUGAGAUAUCUUAGUGGCUCAACAGAUUAUGGACUUCACAUCACGCCCUCAAACUUCCACAUUUCUGGGUUUUCUGAUUCGGAUUGGGCAUCUGAUAUAGACGAUAGAAGAUCAACUAUGGGUUAUUGUGUUUACUUUGGAGAUAAUCUGAUAUCUUGGUGUGCAAAGAAACAAAAAGUUGUCUCCGGCUCUAGCACUGAAGCUGAGUAUAGGAGUUUGGCUCACCUUGUAUCAGAAAUCACAUGGAUAACAUCUUUGCUGACUGAGAUUGAUAUACCGAUUAAAACAUCCCGUGUUGUUUGGGUAGAUAAUUUGAGCACAAUUGCCUUGGCCUCCAAUUCGGUGCUGCAUUCCAGAACGAAGCACAAUGAACUCGACAUUCAUUUUGUUCGAGAUAAGGUCUCUGCUAAAGAGAUUGAUUUGCGCCAUGUUCCUUCUCUUGAUCAAGUGGCUGACAUAUUCACGAAACCACUCAGUCUGCAAUUCUGCACGAGGCUCAGAAACAAGCUAGGAGUGUUUCCUCUUGCCUCAUUCGAAUUGAGGGGAAGUGUUAACCUAGCCACUCUCAAGAGUAUUAAAGAUGAAGAUAUGACUCAUUAG